ACACCCUCGGAUCGGCGCCUUCCUCUUGCUCUCGCUCCUUGAUCUUUUCCAGACCAAUCCUCUCAAGACACCAUGUCCGCCGCCGACAUCAACUUUGAGCUGUGCCCCGUCUACGCGCCCUUCUUCGGCGCCAUGGGCUGCACGGCUGCCAUCGUCUUUACGUGCCUCGGCGCUUCGUACGGCACGUCAAAGUCGGGCGUCGGUAUCAGCGCCAUGGGUGUCCUUCGACCGGACCUGCUCAUCAAGUGCAUCGUCCCCGUCAUCAUGGCUGGUAUCAUUGCCAUUUACGGUCUCGUCGUCAGUGUCCUCAUCUCCUCGGACAUCAAGACGCCCAUGAGCCUCUACGCCGGCUUCAUCCAGCUCGGCGCCGGGCUCAGCGUCGGCCUUGCCGGUCUCGCUGCCGGCUUCGCAAUCGGGAUCGUCGGUGAUGCCGGUGUCAGGGGUACCGCACAGCAGCCGAGGCUCUUCAUUGGAAUGAUUCUCAUUCUCAUUUUCGCGGAAGUCCUUGGUCUGUACGGACUCAUUGUUGCCCUGAUUCUCAACACGAGGACCCAGGACGACCGAUUCGGGUGCAUGCUCCAGUAAAAGGAACGAGCGAAAUGGAAAGGGUCCCAUGACUCGCGCCCGAUCAGUUCACCUCGCACCACUCUUUUUUCGGCCAUCUUACACUCGACGACUCCUUCUCAUCCCUGGGACUUGGAGAGGGAGGUCGUCGAGCAAGACACAAACACACGCAUCGCCAAGCAAAGGUACCAACCAAUCGAAACCGCCACCCGUAUCGUU